UUCAAAAUCAAACCACUUCUCCAACCUUCAAGCUCCUCAGUUCCCUGCUGUCUCUAGGCUUCGUCUCAGUUCGAGAAGUCUCUUCGCCUCGCCACUAUUUUAUUCUUGCCUGUUUACAUCAACAAAGACAACCUAGAUCAGCCGCCUUGUCGUCGCAACGAUAUAACCGUCAAGUUACAAUAAGAAGCAUAGCCGUCGCGAUGAGGGAGGACGAGAAGCACGAGAAGAUCAUUCGAGGCCUGAUGAAACUCCCGGAAAACCGAAAAUGCUUCAAUUGCAGCAGCCUGGGACCGCAGUACGUGUGCACCAACUACGCCAUCUUCGUCUGCCCAUCAUGCAGCGGCGUCCACCGCGAGUUCAGCCAUCGCAUCAAGUCGGUGUCGAUGGCCAAGUUCACACCUGAGGAGGUGGCGGCGCUGCAGCAGGGAGGCAACCAGCGAGCUCGAGAGUAUUUCCUCCCAGGGGCCGGUCGAGUGCCGCCCAGCAGCAACGACCCUCAGGCUGUGAGGGAGUUCAUUCGAGCAGUGUUUUUGGAGAGGCGAUAUGUUGGGCGCCGGUCACGGGAGGUAUGUAGGGAUGAUGAUGAUGAUGAUGAUGAUGAUGAUGAUGAUGAUGAUGAUGAUGAUGAUGAUGAUGAUGAUGAUGAUGAUGAUGAUGAUGAUGAUGAUGAUGAUGAUGAUGAUGAUGAUGAUGAUGAUGAUGAUGAUGAUGAUGAUGAUGAUGAUGAUGAUGAUGAUGAUGAUGAUGAUGAUGAUGAUGAUGAUGAUGAUGAUGAUGAUGAUGGUUGGAUCAGAAAGAGAUGUGGCUCCCCUUUGGGUCGAGCUCACUCUAUGGACGGCUCUGCCUCCGCCUCCUUCCCCCAGCCAUCCGAUCUCCAACGAAGCAGCAGCGCCCGCGCCCCCCCUUCCUUCUCCCCUGCCCAGCACGAGCAGCAGCAGCAGCCUCAGCAGCAGCCCCAGCAGCAGCAGCAGCAGCAGCAGCAGCAGCAGCAGCAGCAGCAGCGGCCGCAUCAGCCCCCUCUACCGCCCCGCGCGUCCCCUGUUCUUUCGAGCACCACCACCACGACCAGCACCAGCACUACCGCUCCUAGGUUCCCUGGCGGCAGCAGCAGCUCCACGAGCAGGAGUAAAUUCCCUAGCACUAGUAGCACUGUGGAUGCGGUAGACGCCCCUGUGCGGGCUGUGACUGACCUGCUGGGAGAUGAGGUGGAGCUGAGGGUGUACCACAGCGAACCAGGAAGGGGGAAUGCACAUGUGUAUCGGAAUGCCUCCUCCCCCUCUGCUGGCCCUGCUUCUCCCCCCUCUGCUUCUCCCUCUGCUCCCUCUGCUCCCGCUGCUCCCUCUCCUCCCUCUGCUCCGGCCUCUGUCCCUGCCUCCCCACCUGCUGCCGCCCCUGCCACAGCCCCUCAUAUGCCAACGUCAGCACCCGCUGCCCCUGCACCUGCACCAGCGGCACCCACUGCACCCGCAUCAGCGUCAGCUGCCCCCGCGUCUGCGCCCUUGGUUUCUCUCGGCAACCUGAUAGACUUUUCGGACGAAGGGGAUGGGGAUAGCCUCACUCUCCCCCCUGCUGCGCCUGUGCCCGAGCCCAAGCAGUGGCAGCUCCAGGAGCAAGGCGAGGCUGGAGUAGGAAGGGAAGGAGCAGCAACUGGUGAGCAGCGGGCUGCAGGGGUGGGAGCAGCAGCAGGGGAGCAGCGAGAACAGGUGGCUCGAGAGGAAGCAGCAGCAGCAGCAGCAGCAGCAGCUGGGGCACAAGUGGAAGCGCAGAGCAGCGGCAGCAGCAGCAUUGCCAAUGGGUUUGCCUCCUGGGCUCAGUUUGAUGACAGCCCCAUGCCAGCUAUGCCUGCACCAGCAAUGCCCGCACCAGCUGUGCCUGCACCCACAAUGCCUGCAGUCACAGCAGGUGGUUACACCUCUGGUUACACCCCACAGCCCCAGGUCAUGCCCGAUCAAUCCCCAGGUUUUUCUGGCCAGCCUCAGACGUCUAUCGCUGGAUAUGCCCCCUCUGUGGGUGCAGGAUAUGGGUCCAUGGGCUAUGGGCAGGGUCAGACCCAAGAGGCAUAUGGGCAGGGGAAGCUGCAAUCAAUGUCACAGGCAUAUGGGCAAGGGCAGCCACAGAUGCAGAUGCAUGGGCAGGGUCAGACCCAACACGCAUAUGGGCAGGGGCAGCUGCAAUCAAUGAUGCAGGCACAAGGGCAGGAGCAGACUCAACUGACGAUUGAGGCUCAGAGGCGGGGGUUCCAAGGUGCAGGAGGUUAUGCACAGGGCAGUUAUGCGCAGGCCUUUUCCCCAGUGCAGUCGCCUCCCAUGCAUUCGCAACCCUUCCCUCCCUCACAGGCGCAUGGGCAGGGCCAGCCACCAUCAAUGAUGCAGCCAUAUGGGCAGGGGCAGAAUCAAGCCUCGAUUCAGCCUCAGAGGCAGGGAUUCCAGGCACCUGGGGGUUACGCACAGGCUUUCUCCCCUCAACAGUCCCCUCCCAUGCCCUCACAACCCUUCCCUCCCUCACAGUCACAAACCUUCUCCCCAAUACAGUCACAGCCCUUCCCUCCCUUGCAGCCCCACCAUUACCAGUCCCCUCCCAUACAGUCACAACCAGACGUUUCAAUGGCAGCGGGAGCCUCGAUCGGCGCAGGCAACCCCUUUGCUCUCUCGCCCGGCCCUACAAGGAGCUUUCAUCGCCCUGGCAAUGGCAGUGCCCUGAGUAAUCUCGGAAACCCCAUGGGGAGCCCCGGAAAUCCUGUCAGAAGCCCAGGAGGUGCUAUGGGGAGCCCAGGGGGUGCUAUGGGGAGCCCAGGGGGUGCUAUGGGGAGCCCAGGAAAUGCAGUCUGGAGUCCUAGUGGUGUUAUGGCAAGUUCUGGAAGUGUAGGCAGAAGCCCUGGAGGAGCCAUGGGAAGUCAAGGAAAUGCCAACUGGAGCGCGGGUAGUGUCAUGGGAAGCCCUGGGAACCCCAUGGGGAGCCCUGGGAACCCCAUGGGGAGCCCUGGGAACACAGGCCGAAGCCCUGGAGGAGCCAUGGGAAGCCCGGGACAUGCCUUGUGGAGCCCUGCAGGCGGCAUGGGAAGCCCUGGGGUUGGGCCAUCUGCUCUAGGGUCUCCAGGACUGGCACCAUUCCCCAACAUGGCAUCACUAGGGGCUGCUCUCAACAAUACCGGGCCGUUUUCAGGGCUGGGCUGGGGAGGGAUGGCGCCAGGAGCACACGCAGCUGUGGCACAAGCAGCCGUGGCAGCAGCGCCACCAGCAGCGCCACUCCCGUCAUCAGCUGCCUAUGCUUCUGAGGGGUACUGCCAAGGGCCAAUGCAGCAAGGAUCAGCUCUACAGGGAUACCCGUUAGGCCCCAUGCAGCAGAUGCAGCAGCAGCAGGUGUACCAGCAACAGUCAUCGUUCCACCAGCAGCAGUAGCAGGACAGCACUAGCAGGGGAGCAUUAGCAGGGCAGCAGUAGCAGGACAACACUAGCAGGGGAGCAUUAGCAGGGCAGCAGUAGCAGCGUCAGUAGCAGCAUGCAGCAAGGUAACGCUGAUGCAGCCAGCCUGUGCCAGCACAACCGAGAUACCCGGUAGGCCCCAUGCGACACAUGCCACAGCACCCCAUGCCCCAUGUCAUCACCAUCAUCAUCAGCUGUAGCACUGCAGCAGUACCAGCUCGCUCACAGCAAAUUAAAUCCGUUGGGGCAAGGAUGAGCACAGCAGUGAAGCCUGUGAGGACCUGUCAGCUCUUCCUCAAAAGCAAUCACAGAUUGGUAGGCUUGCACAGGAGUGAAGCCUGUCAGGGCCUGUAAGAUCCAUGGAAUUGUCAACUCAUAUAUAUUUGUUGUUAUAGGUUAGAUGGGUGCAUGCUUUUAGAGGGUACAACCCACUAGCAUAAGAACACCUUGUAUGCCCUUGUCUAGUUUCAAUGCGUUUU